AUGCUCCAUGCUCCUGUUGCCUCUCGUAUGAGGAAAAGGCCGCGGCCGCUGGAGCCUAGUGCUCAGAGGAAGGGAGAGGUGAAGUUUCAGGAUGUGAGAUUAUACCUAGUGGAGAGGAAAAUGGGCUGCAGCAGGAGGAGCUUCCUGAGCCAGCUGGCCAGGUCGAAGGGCUUCAUUGUGGAAGACGUCCUCAGCGAUAAGGUCACUCACGUGGUGUCGGAGGACAACGACGCGGCGGGCCUCUGGGCGUGGCUGGAGGGGUGUGGUCUCAAGGAUUUACCGAAGAUGCAGGUGCUGGACAUUGGCUGGUUCACUGACAGCAUGAGAGAGGGGAAGCCUGUUGCUGUGGAGACCAAACACUGCAUUCAGGACACAUUGCCCAGAUUGCCAGAAGGUUCUACACCCACUCCUGUGGCCACUGUUUCCCAGUACGCCUGCAAGAGACGGACAACCACACAAAAUAAUAACAAGAUUUUCACAGACGCCUUUGAAGUGCUGGCUGAGAGCUAUGAGUUCAACGAGAUUGAGGGCCGAUGCCUGGCCUUCAGACGAGCCGCGUCCGUCCUGAAGAGUCUUCCCUGGGCAGUGCAGCGUCUGGAGGCCACUCAGGACCUGCCCUGCCUGGGGGGACACACCAAGGCAGUCAUUCAGGAGAUCCUUCAAUAUGGCCGCUCGUUUGAAGUCGAGAAAAUACUCUCUAAUGAAAGGUAUCAAACACUUAAGCUGUUCACGAGUGUGUUUGGGGUUGGAGUGAAAACAGCUGAGAAGUGGUACCGCAGAGGGCUACGCUCAUUCAGAGACAUUCUUGCAGAGCCCAGCAUUCAUCUAACCCGGAUGCAACAAUUUGGUUUUCUGCAUUAUGGAGACAUCUCCAGGGCUGUCAGUGAGGCUGAGGCCCGAGCCCUAGGGAACAUUAUUGACGAAGCUGUCCGUGCAAUCACACCGGACGCUGUACUAGCACUGACAGGUGGCUUUCGCAGGGGGAAGGAGUUUGGUCACGACGUAGACUAUCUUCUGACGACACCUGAGCUGGGGAAGGAGGAGGCACUGCUGCUCAGUGUGAUCGAUAGACUGAAACAUCAAAGCAUUCUGCUGUACUGUGACUACCAAGCCUCUACCUUGGAUAUGGACCAGCUGCCGUGCCGCAGGUUUGAGGCCAUGGAUCACUUCGCAAAGUGCUUCCUGAUCCUGAGGCUGGAGGCCGGACAGGUGGAGGGGGAUCUCCAGAGGGUCGAGGGGGACAGCAGGAGCUGGAGGGCGGUGCGCGUGGACUUGGUGUCGCCACCUAUAGACCACUAUGCCUUCGCUCUCCUGGGCUGGAGCGGCUCGAGGCAGUUUGAGAGAGACCUGAGGAGGUUUGCUCGACUGGAGAGGAAGAUGCUUCUGGACAACCAUGCCCUGUACGACUUAACCAAGGGCCUUCCGAGUCGUGAGGAGAGCGGGACAAGGGUGUUAGGCACAUCACCGCACAGAUCGACAGGGGAGACACCCUGUCACCGCAAUAUCCCCGGCUCACUCUCCCUUGGGACGGAGGUCAAAGUCCCGGGAUCACUGGGUGGCAGCUUCCUGACAGAUAUUAUACACAACCAGCCAACUCAGAUGGUGUUUAUUCAAAUACAAGGGCAGAGCCACGCUUGCUGA